GUUCCCUUCACCACCCUCACUAUCUUAUCAAUUCAUUCAUUUCUCUCCUUCAUCUUUGCACUUUCUUCUAUCUUUUUACUCACCCAACUCCAAUUCACCGCUAUGGCAGCACAAAACUCCCAAACCCAGUUCCAAGAUUUUUUGCCUGUGAUGGCCAACAAGCUUGGUGGGGAUGGCCUAAUUGAUGAACUGUGCAAUGGGUUCAAUCUUUUGAAGGAUUCAGAAAAAGGGGUCAUCACCUUUGACAGCCUCAAGAGAAAUUCUGCCCUUCUUGGCCUUCAGGGCCUCAGUGAUGAGGAUCUUCGUUCAAUGCUUGUGGAAGGUGACUUUGACGGUGAUGGGGCGCUCAAUCAGUUGGAGUUCUGUGUUUUGAUGUUCAGACUCAGUCCUGAACUCAUGGAAGGUUCAAAGUUGUGGUUGGAGCAGGUCCUUCAACAAGAACUCAAAGAUUACUUCUAAUUUUUUCCCCCUUUUUAAUUCAUUUGUCAUUUUGGGCAAUUUCCCAUAUACUUUUGUAAGGAAAUGAAAAGAAAAUGAAAUGGCAGAAGUGCUUCAUUUGAUA